AUGGAUCAGUCGGGUUACUCCCUGUCAUAUGACGACAUUCGGGAAUGCCUGCGGACGAGCAGCAGAUAUGACGUGUCGGUGAGCAAGUACCACAAGGCGGUGAAGUGUAGAGAGGGGAGGAUGGGUCGUCCAGCCGCAGAUGGGGCAACUCAGGACGAGGGCGCGAAAAAUAAAGAGAAAAACAAAGAGAAAAACACGGGGGGAAAUACGGAGAAGACUGCGGAGAAGACCGCAGAGAAGGCCGCGGAGAAGACCACCACGUACAGCCUCUUCGACAUGAACGUGCUAACCCUGUACGACGAGUUGCUGGAGGUGUUCCGGUACAACCACUUUGCAAUAAAAAAUUGUAACUUCACCUUUUCAAAGGUCAGAAAGAAUACCUACCAAGGGUGCGUGUUCGUGUGGUUCGUGUCGAAUGGGGCUGGAAUGACUGGAUCGAUGAGUUUGAGCGAAAAUGAAAAAGCAGAGAGGGAGGAAUCGAAUCGAUUCGAAGGGCAUCGAGGAGGAGAUGGCGGUGAGAGAGGCAAUGUGCAGGGCAAUGGGCAGGGCAAUGUGCAGGGCAAUGUGCAGGGUAGUGGGCAAACCCACUUGCGUCGAAGGAAAGGCAACACCCUGCACAGCUUGAAAGUGAAAGGAAACAGAGUGUCCAACGUGAAGGAAGUCCUCAAGGACACGUUCGAUACACUCAUUUUUUUCAUGAUUCACAGAUAUAAUAUUAAGCUGAAAAUAAAUCACUCCUACAGAGUCAAGGAGAGAUGUAGCUAUAUAAUCAAAAAUGAAGAAGUGUACAGAUUUUUGAAAAAGGAUAAUUAUUUUAGAAUCGAUCUGAACAAAUUACAUUACGAUAUCAAUGACUACUCCUAUGUCUUCAAAAUGAACAUAUCUCAGUUUGUAGAUUUUUUUAGAUAUAUAGAGCACAUUCACUCGUGUGCUUAUUUGAUAUCUCUUUUUGUUAGGAUCAUCGCUGAUAGGAAUAAAAUCCACAAAUACAGCUCUCAGCUUUUUUUUUGCAAAAGAAAUGAUGAGUGUAUAUGUAAUUUGCAUUUAAGUUUUGUGAAACAAAAUCAGGAGAGUUUUCAGAAAAAUUUUUUUAAUAGCAAAUUGGUAAGCAUGGAAAAUAUCAUUCCUUCAAAGGUGUCUCUAAUUGAGGAGGUGAAGAAGAAGAUAACCAGACGGCGCGACUUGGCUUACCCGGACGAGCUCGUCAUAUGCUCCUUCGUGAAGUCCUUCUACACGUUCAAGCUGGGGGGGAAGGAGGCGCAGGGGAAAGAAGCGGAGAAAGAUGCGGACAAGGCGAAGGAGGAGAAAGAAGCGGACAAGGCGGACAAGGCGGACAAGGCGGACAAGGCGGACAAGGCGAACGAGGCGAACGAGGCGAACGAGGCGGACAAGGCGAACGAGGCGAACGAGGUGAACCCUACAAACGAUCCCGUCGAUGUUGCCGAUUCGGUCGACACCAGCGACACGGUCGAGAGGGAUAACACAAGCGAGACGAGCCCCCCCAGCAACACUAGGCAGACCGACCAGAUGGACCAGACCGGGCAUACCUCUCAAACCGAGCACACCUCUCAAACGAACAACCUGCACGACGUCAGCGUCAUCCUGGAGGACCCGCCCCUCACGAGGAACCCCCCACCAAGCGCACACACGACAGGCACAGGGGACAUCCCACACGAUCACAUCCUCAUAAAGGACAGCACAACGAGUGACCAAGAAAGCAGUCAAAAAGGUGGAUCACCAACACCCCCUUGUAGAGGCAUCCCCAUAGAAGGUGCAAAAACGUGUUUAAGAUACUCUACGAGGAGCUGCACAAAAAAUGAAAUAAAAGGAAAGGUCUCUAAUUCGCUUCAUCUCAACAAGGGGAGAAGCAUAAGAGUGACAUUUGACUACAAUGCCAAAUUGACACACAUGGCUAAGCAGAAUUGCACGAAUGGAGGGAGGAGUUAUUUGGAGGAUCCUGCUAGAAAGGUCAGGAGGUAUAACGUGAGCAAUAGGAAGAGUUGCUCUAUCUUUAAGGUGCACAGUGGUGCGAGUGGAUUUAUUUAUAGCAACAGGAGGGAGGUCCCCCUUUUGGGAGCCACGAGGGGGGAGCCACAGCCGCGGUCACGUGGGCAGCCGCAUACACGUGGGCAGUCGCAGUCACGUGGGCAGUCUCAAUCACGUGGGCAGUCGCAGUCGCUGUCUCAUUCGCUGCCCCAGUCGGAAAUGAGCAAAGUACUGAAUAAUUUCCUGGAGGCUAAAAAUGAGUACCACGUGGGGAAGAGCAGGCGGACGGUCGACGAAUCCAUUUUGGGGAUUCAGAAGAAGGGGAGAGUGGCCCCCGAAUAUGCUGUCGCAGACAGGAGCCACCAUUCGCUAGAUGACAAGGAACCCAUCGUGAUUGACCUGGAUGAGAGCACGUGCGAGGAGAGCUCCAACGAGGUGGUGAUAGAGGGGGAGCAGCUCGUCGGGGGGGAGCAGCUGGUCGGGGGGCAAUUAACAGGGGGGCGCUGCACCAACGAGCAGUCCACAAACGAAGAACCCACCAAUGAGCAGCCCCCGAACGAGCCGCCAAUAAAGGAGCCACCAACAAAGGAGCCAUCAACAAAGGAGCUGCCAAUAAAGGAACCACUAACAAAGGAGCCAUCAACAAAGGAGCCGCCAAUAAAGGAACCGCCAAUAAAGGGGGCAGACGAGGACGCGCCGACCACCCCCACGGAAAUCUACCAGGGAAGGGGAAACAAAUUUGAAAAGGGGAUGGCGCCCAAGAGGAACAACCAUGACGAGGGAGCGUCCCCCCAUUACGGCGCUUUGAAGAGGAGGAAGACCAGCGGGGGUAGCAGCGGGGUUUGCAGCGAGGUAAGCAGUGGGGGUAGCAACGGGGUUUGCAGCGGGGUAAGCAGCGGGAGUAGCGUUUCUGGUGAUGGUUCUGGUGGGAGUAUCCGUGACGGGAGCGACGCAACGGCUUCCUUUUCCAAGGACAUGAGUUUCCAGAAAAAGCUGCACCAAAAGGGAAAGGUCGUGUCGGAAUACGUCCUCAGGAAGGAGAGCUUGAGACAUAACCCAUACCAGGCGCACAGCAGUGGGAGCCUGGACAUGUGGACUAACAGGCGCUCUGCAGAAGGGGAGCCGGGUGGGGAGGACUACUGGGGAGUGGAUGGCAAGAGAGAGGGGAGCGUGGAUGGUAAGAGAGAGGGGAGCGUGGAUGGCAUGAGAGAGCAUAGCGUGGAUGGCAAGAGGGAGCGGAUCGUGAAUGUGUGUUUUGAUAGCGGUAGGAGUGGAAGAGGCGUUAGGGGUUCGAGAUUCGGUAGGGGUGGGAGGAGCAUCAGGAACAACAGGAGCGUUGGCGUUGACGGAGGUGAUGGGGAACGAAGCGGGGAUGAACAACACGGUGAAGAAGGACGCGGGGGUGAGAAGCUGGAUGAAGGUGGACGCAGGGAUGAGAAGCUGGAUGAAGGUGGACGCGGGGAUGAGAAGCUGGAUGAAGGUGGACGCGGGGGAGACGUAAAAUGCGACGCCGAAAAAAACGAAGAGAAGCAAAAAACGAGCGCCGAGUGCUACUACCUGCCGUCCCGCUCUCCCGUCUCGAAGAACAGAGUCUGUGGGUUAUGCUCAGAGGAAGGGGGCACUGGUUACAAGGGGGGGUACGCCGAGGUCGGAAGACGGGGCCGCAAGGUGGACACGGUGAUGGGAGGUGGCGCGAUUGGAGGUGGUGUGAAUGAACUCGGCAUGAAUGGACUCGGCGUGAAUGAACUCGGCGUGAAUGGACACCCCCCGUCCAACGUGCAGGGGGAGGGUUCCCCCGGGGGAGGCCCUGCGCGACGGAGACGCCUUACACGAACUAAGUCGAAGCGGAAUGUAGCGAACGGAGGAGACUGGCCCAUCGAUGAGCCAGAAGGCAUGCAAGGAGGCCCCACCCAACACUACCAACAGAAGUACUUCACCAGGAAGGGAAACUCCUGGAGGGACAGCGCCUGGAUGGACCCCGAAGAGGAUCAAUUCUUCACUAAAAAGGAACUCUACACAGAAGCGGAAAAAAAAGAAUUCAAUAACAUCCACAUAAUAAAAAAAAUGAACGAAAAUUUCUGCUACUUGAAUAGUAAUGAUAAGUUAAAUGUGAUUAAGAUCCUGUGCAGUUAUAGGACUUACUUGAGAAAAAUUUUGCAAUACGAAUAUAUGAAGCGGGAUUACUCGUUCGAGGUGGAGACGUGUGUCUUUUACCUGGACUACAUACAGAUGGAAAAUGGAAAGAAACAAAAACUCAUGCAGAAAAUAAGUUACUAUGGAAAUAAAAUCGGAGCAUUAAAUAAAAUUAUAUGUACUUAUACAAGCAUUAAUUCGACUUACAUUGAUCAGAUAAAGAGAUACCUUUCCCUGACUGAGUGCAUUAAACAAUUGCCUUGCAGUUUUUAUUAUGAUGAGUUCAAUUCGGAGAACGAGGAGGCGGAGGAGAUGUCCCUGGGGGGGACACCGCCAUCGAGGGGUGUAGUCAGCAGUGCGGUUGGCGUGUCCCUGCUAACCAAAACGAAGAACCCGAGCGCCCGAGGAACUUCCCCGAAGAGGCGCGGUCGGUACCCUCGCAGCGCUUCUCUCACCAAGGGGGGUACCGAAGCGAAAAAUUGCAUAACAAGAAAAAUGGAGAUGGACUUACCAGUGGUAGGUUCGAACCCAUAA